AUGGACACUGGGUCGGGAAAGACUUUCAUCGCUGUGAUGCUUACGAAGUGGAUUUGUGUCCAGCCAGAGAAUGACGGGAAAAAGGUAGUCUUUCUCGUACCGAAGGUCCCUUUGGUGGAGCAACAGGCUACUGUCUUCCGAAAUAACACGGCUCUGUCCGUUAAGGGAUAUUUUGGCGAUCUUGGUGUCGAUAAUUGGGACCGGACUGCCUGGACUGCCGAAUUCGAGAAACAUGAAGUAUUAGUUAUGACCCCACAGAUCCUUUACAAUGUCCUCACCCACGCCCAUUGGAGUUUGGAUAAGGUUUCACUUUUAAUAUUUGAUGAGGUCCACCACUGCCAAAAGAGGCAUCCUUACGCUCAAAUCAUGGCAGAUCAUUACUCUAGAUGUUCCCCUGACCAACGGCCUAAGAUUUUCGGCUUGACUGCUAGUCCUAUUUGGAACCCAAAAAAUCCUGAUAAAUCUCUCCGGAUGCUUGAGGCUAACACAAACGCUCGCGUGGUAGCAGUCAAGCAGAACUCGGAUGAGCUGUCAGCUCAUACUCCGAGGCCAAGAGAGCAUAGAGUUUCCUAUGCUCGGUGUGCCGAGCCGGUUCCCGAGUUGUGGCCGGGCUAUGAGACUUCCUGGCUUUGGAAUGAGACUGCGGAAUUUCUCGAUUCUUUGGAUAGCUUCGGGGACAUCAAUAGGCGGUUGGGGAAAUAUCAGGCGCUGUUCGCCGCUCUUGGUCCUUACGCUGCGGAUUAUUGGGUUUUUGUCGAGUUAAAAAAGGCGAUAGACACAAAGGAAGUCCCUGACGCUGCGCUUAUUGAGCUUGAAAGGAGAAGCUCUGAUGAACCAUAUCCUUCCCCCGCACGCGACGAUUCUGGCUUCCGACGUGCGAUGGAAAUCUACGAUCGUCAUGCAGCACGAUUCCAGGAUGACCAACCAUUCGAGGUCUCGUGGAUGUCUCCAAAACUAAUCGCUCUCAUUGAACUUCUCAUCUCCGCUCGAUCCGAGACAUUCCAAAGCAUUAUAUUCGCUGAGCAGCGGCAUAUUGCUGCCAUCUUGGCUUGGGCAAUCCAGCGGAUCCCUGAGACAAGAGAUUGGAUUCGUUGUGCUUCUUUGACUGGGCAUGGGAUCUCCAGUGGCCGUUAUGCCGAGCAAUCUGGUGCUGGGAUGCACUUCAAGCUUCAACAUGAAAUCGUCUCUCAAUUCAGAAGUGGUGCUUUGAAUCUCAUCGUAGCAACGGAUGUGGCAGAAGAGGGUCUCGACUUCCAGGCUUGCAAUAUCAUUGUCCGAUUUGAUCAUUUGAAGACUUUGGUAGGAUACAUCCAGUCGCGUGGGAGGGCACGACGACAGGAUUCUGUGUAUGUCGUAAUGGAAGAAGCCCACAGUGGGCUUAGUAUUCUUGGCUAUGGGCGGAUGUAUAGUGCCGAAAAUGAGCUCAAAAGGAGGUAUCGCAAUCGUUCCCCUGCAUCGGCUCUCGAUGAUGUGGACGACGGCCAAGUUGAAGAGGAUGACUUCAACACCACAAACGAAAUUUAUACCAUUCCAUCGACCGGAUCCACUUUAACCUCUUAUUCCUCCAUCCCUCUUCUUUCUACCUUGUGUUCCAUGGUUAAACGAGAUAGCUUCUGCCCCGUUUUCAAGCCCGAAUGGAAAGUCAACUGUCUGAGUGAAGGCUUUUUCCAAGCUCAAGUGACACUCCCUUCUGCUCUUCCAUUAGACCUGAAAGAUCGCAUUUUUCAAGGACCCAUUCGUCGUGGGAAAAAAUCGGCAAAAAGUUCUGUGGCCUUUAUAGCUAUGCAGAGACUCUGUUCAUUGGAAAUCUUCGAUGACAGACUUCUUCCCGGUCGACUCCAGGAGGGCGACGAUGCGGUCGAUGCAGAUGGUCGAGGCAUGGCGAAGACAUCUGAUAUGCCACCUGAGCUAGAUGUACUCCUACAUGAUGCCUUCGGCAACGUCUGGGACCCCACUGGAGAUGGCUUAUGGCUGCAUCAAUUAGCGUAUGGCGAGUGCCGGCUGAUGGGGUUGGUGUCAUGCGAACAAUUGACACCGUUUAGCAAUGUGUUCCCCACCAUUGGGGAUUCGAACGUGAAAGUUGAGCUCGCAUAUUCCACAAAAUUGACAUGGGAUCGCAAUCAAGAGAAAGAGGAGGCUAUGCGUUACAUGGGCCGAUACACUGCCAGGUUGGUUGCAAUGUCGACUGGCCAUCAGGAGUUGGAUGCCAAAGAUCUUCCUUUCUUCCUUGUGCCCAUUGAUCAAUUGGGGGUAGAUUACGAUGCAAUUCGGAAACUGCUUGAAAUAUCCCCCAAAUGCCGGCCUCCCUUUUCUGUCGUGCCAAGCGCGGAUCUCGCUCUUAAGAUCUAUGGUGAAAUGGGGCACUACUUCACCUUGGUCGCAGUGAGGGACGACCUAAGUCCGCUAUCUCUCCCUCCUGAAAACAGCAGAGAGAGGGCGUAUAUGUCAUACAAGGGAUUUUGGGAGGGACGACGUCGACUACCUGCAGAAUACAUCCCAGACGAUCAGCCACUGCUAGAGUUGGCACAGCUCAAGCCCCACAUAAGAAUGUCCUCCACACUUCAUCGUGUGUUUCCAGGGCAUUCCUCGGCGCCACCAGUGAAAGAGAAAAUAUUCUUCGUUCCUCAAAGUGUUUGCCAAUCCACCACCACGCCGUUGCACGUAUACAAGUUAUUUAGAUUAUUGCCAGCGAUCGUCCAACACGUCAAUGACCUUCAUCGAACCCGAAAACUCUGCCACGACUUAGAUUUAAAAGGGAUCGACAUUCCACAUUUGUUGGAGGCUUUGACGAUACCCGCGGCCGGUGCGAACUACAGCUUCCAGCGUUUGGAAACAAUGGGCGAUGCAGUGCUGAAACUUGCUACGAAUGUUCAUGUCUUCAAUAAGUACCCUUAUCGGCACGAAGGGCAGCUGGACAUACUCAAGAGUAACUCAGUGAAUAACCGGUUCUUGUUGAGUCGGGCGCGAGAGAUCCAUUUGCAGACAUAUCUAAUAGCUGAGAACAUUAUUCCUAAAUGGUCCCCGCCCGAGUCCUCUCGAAUUGUUACGGAUGAUAAAGGCCAACAUUUCCUGUCGAAGAAGCUGAAUAGGAAGAGCAUGGGCGAUGUUAUGGAGGCACUCACGGGAGCGAGCUUCUUGUGUGGUGGCAUUGAUUUAGCGCUAUACACUGGGACUAGAUUGGGAUUGUGCUUUGGCGGCGAGACACCUUGGCCGAUGCGUGGCUAUACUCUUACUGGCGCCCAAGAGGAUGAGCGCCGUGCUGGAGUGCUCCGUCCUCUGGAGAUGUCCCUUGGUUACUCUUUCAAACAUCGGCAUCUGUUGCUUGAGGCUUUGACCCAUCCGACGUUCGCGAAAAACGUGUCAUAUCAGCGCCUCGAAUUUUUGGGUGACGAGGUGAUCGACUUGCUUGUCACCCAAUAUCUGUUCCUCGCCUACCCGGAAGCCACACCUGGGCAGAUUACAUGGGCGAAGAGCCGCAGUGUUUGCAAUCCAACUCUUGCUACGUUAUCGGUUCGGUCACUGUCUCUUCACAAAUACAUGCUUUCAGCAUCGUCUAAACUAGAGAGUUCGAUUCGUUCAUAUAUUGAACAAUCGGGGAAUGUUCCCUAUGCCCAGCUGGUCGUAGAAACAUGGAACUAUGAUCCACCCAAACCUCUAAGUGAUCUAUUUGAAGCCGUUAUUGGUGCGGUGUUUGUUGACACAAGCUUUGAUCUCGAGCGUACCUUUGGAGUACUGCGGCCCCUCUUCGCGGAUGUGCUGGAGGUUGUUGGCCCGAAGAUGCCAAGAGAUCCCAUAACAGAGCUGAUGAUCUGGUCUGCACGCCAGGGCUGUAUUUGGAUAAAGUUUAAGAGGUGUCGAACGAAUGGAGAGAGUGAAGGUCCCUAUGAUGCGUACGCAGUCUACGCUCAUGACACAGAUAUAACUGGUCCCGUCAAAUUCAACACGCUUCUGUUAUCGAAGUAUCAGUCUGCGUCAAUAGCGCACAUCAUGCUCCAGGAUGAGGAUUCUCCAUACCAUCUUCUGAAAAUCUGCAAGUGCAAGGAGCUUGCCCAAGUGGAGGCCCAGAAGUACUUGAGUACGAAUGCUGUUGGGAACGGGACUACCGUCGAGGUCGACCAGUCGAACGCUGAGGAAACCCCCGGCGAAUAUUUACUCCAGGCGACCAUUGUAAAGCUUGACGAAGACCCGAUAUCUUUGGCUCAAGGAAUGCCAUCAGACGAGUCAACGGAAGGUUUCGCCUUACGCUCUCGGGUCGUUGCACGUUUGUACGGAGAUUUAGGCAUCAGCGUUCAAGACACUGGUAUCGACGACGAAGACCACGAGCCUGAAAUUCUUGAUGAAAAAAUGUCUUAAGGAAUGGCACGCUGUUGAAAUGUAUUUACAAGAUGGUUGUUGUAACAGUCUAGAUAGCGAACAGAUACAGUUUGGAAGCUCUUUAGUGUAAAGUUGGAGCGUUACAUCAAAUGGAAUCGAGGCGUCAUUUAGGGGAGCUUGUAGCGUUCCC